UGUUUGUGUUGACGACCACGUCUCUCAUUUCAGUGACUUCUUGAUGCCUUUCUAUCAACAUGGACCACAUUCCAAGCGUGUUUUAUUUCCACGUCUUCCAUUUUUGGCUCCUCUCCAGUGGGACUCGACUGGACUCGACGCUUUCCCCGAGGAUGGUUUUCACUCACGAAGAGACUUCGCUACAAAGUGUGACGUUACCUGCUGCCCAACACCCGCUUGUACGGAUUCUUCUGGGACAAGAGCGGGACACACUCACAGCUGUUGGAAAACGAUAUCUGCUUUCGGUCCACUUCCAAAAUCCUCCCAAGACUGUGGAAAGGAAGUUGCUGUGGGCCGACUGCGAAACAUCGCCAAGCAAUUGUGACUAUGAGGUCGUCGUGGCGCUCAAGAGGGAGGACGGCAGCCGGUUGGUUUUGUGCGGGACCGACGGCCUGGAGACGAUUUGCUGCGACACGAAGCCUUUGGAGGAUUCUCCCACAUGCAGACCCGCUGACGACCUGCAGAGCAUACGAGGAACCAUCAGGAGCUUUAUUGUGAAGGACGGUGAACAUUCCGCUCUCGUUGAAUCAACAAUUGGUUCCUCCUCACUCUAUGUCACGUACUCGGGCUCCCGGGACUACGUAGGCAUCCACAAGUUUGGCAAAAACAGAGUUGGACCUGCAAACCACGAUAAAGAGCAGCACUACUUGGGAGUGUUGUUUAGCAGACGGCGAGAAGACCCUUUGCAGGACCAAGUGUACGCCUUCUACAAGGAGAGGAACCAAGACACCAGCUUCUUCAGCAGCACGUGGACCCCGUACGUCACACGGGUGUGCGUGGCGGAUAUGGGCGGGCCCAAGAACAACCUGCAGUUCACGUGGACCUCACAGAUGAGCGCCAGGCUGUUUUGUGGCGACCAGGACAGCAGACAGAGCUUCUUCCACCUGGUGGACGUGUCGACCGUGCCCGCGGACCGCUGGCAGGACACCCGCGUGUAUGCGCUCUUUCGGAAUGAAUGGAACAUGAGCGGCGUGUGCGUGUACGCCAUGCAAGACAUCCACAGCAUCUUCGCCAGCUCGCCGUUUAAAGGCAAGGGCCAACAGAGAAGCCGGCCGAGGGAGUGUGUUGCAGACAGCACAUCGCUCCCUAUGGAUGUCCUGAAGAUGAUCCAGACGACCUCUGAGAUGGAGCAGUGGGUGUGGCCUAUGAACAAAUCCGGACCACUUCUGCUCAGUCACCACGUGUAUACUCACAUCUACGCCGAUGCUGCGGUCUCAAGGGAAAACCCGGUUCUCUUUCUGUCCCUCCUUAGUGGAACAGUUCACAAAGUGGUGCAGAACCAGAAACGGGCUUUCGUCGUUGCAGAAUAUACACCUUUUAACCACAGAACCCACAUCAGCAGCAUCCUCCUCCAUCUUUCCUCUAAGAAGCUCUACGUGAGCUCCAACAGUCAGCUGGUCCAAGUAGAUGCGGCCGACUGCGCCCGCUACGGAAAAACGUGCGAGGAGUUGAUGUUGGCCCGAGACCCUUACUGCCCUUGUGCCACAAAGACCAGUGCAGACUUCAUCAUGGAAGAUGAGACUUCUGGAAAUGACAACAUCUGCACAACUCCGACUUCUCUUCACCUCAGUAAAGACGAGGUCAUGGUGCCACUCGCUCCCGAGUCCAAGUACUUCCUGCGGUGCCCGACGUCGUCUCGCCACGCCCACUACAAAUGGUGUCACCAGGGCGAGCAGACGCCCUGCGACUGGAGCCAAAGUGACUGCCUCCUCCUGAUUGACAGCAUGGGCCCCCGGCACGAAGGGCGGUACGAGUGUGUGUCUGAGGAGGGGCCCUACAGGCGCGUUCUGACCCGCUACCGGCUGCUGCUCAGCGAAAGCUCGCUGCGUCCCUCGGUGAGUCCGCUCCUCGCGCUUUGUCUGCUGACUGCCCUCACCUGGACCCGCUCCUGAAAAAUAUGAAUAAGGAUGAAAAGAACAAACAUGAUAAACAGUUAUGGAGGAUGCACAGAACUUUUUCAAUUCCUACAAAAUGGCAAGUGUUACUAUACGUUUAUUAGGGCUGUGCCUUAAAAGAUUAAUAUAUUCUUUAUCUUUAGAUGAGCUAAUUUAUACGGAAAAAUAAUAUUCCGUUUGUUACAUGAUGCUUGUUACCAUAGUUGUCAUGCCAGAGUUUGGCCACUAGGAUGCUUUGAUCUUAUCUGUUAUUGUUGUUCAGAGUUAACUGUGAAGCACAAUCAAAUCACUUUUGGUAGAGUUUGUCAAAUGUUGACAUGUUUUUUUGUUUUGUUCCAAAUGAGGUAAAAUGUAUACCAUUUAAAGUAUUAAAAAACUAAGAAGAA